CUACUUCCUGAGCGGCAGUUUGGCUGACAAUUCGGUUCUCUGAUAUAUUUAGUAAAUAAUCGACUAUAAACAACAAAGUGACGAUGCCCCCCAAACCCAAGGCGGCAGGAAAAGGCCGAGCGCCUGCAAAACGGAAGCUGGCGGAGGAGUUUCCUCCAGGUGAGGUUCUGACAGACACCGGAAAGAAAUCCUGGAAGCUGGGCGCUCCAAUCGGGAAAGGGGGGUUUGGGCUCAUAUAUCUGGCUGAUCAAAAUUCUGAAAAACCUGUCGGUGCUGAUGCUCGCUACGUCAUUAAAGUGGAGCCCAGUGACAACGGGCCGCUGUUCUCCGAGCUGCAUUUUUACAUGAGAGCCGCCAAGCCCGACAUCAUUCAGAACUGGAUGAAGUCUCACAAGUUAAAGCAUCUGGGGGUGCCCAGGUACUGGGGCUCAGGUCUGCAUGAGAAAGGAGGGACAAGGUAUCGCUUCAUGGUUAUUGACAGACUCGGCACAGACCUGCAGAAGAAGUUUGAGGAAUGUGGAAAGAGAUUCCCCAGAAAACUGGUCCUGCAGCUCGGCCUCCGAGUGCUGGACAUCCUGGAGUUCAUCCACGAGCACGAGUAUGUUCACGCCGACGUUAAGGCGUCCAACCUCAUGUUGAGCCACAGCGAUCCAAACCAGGUUUACCUGGUGGAUUUUGGGCUGACGUACAGGUACGCACCCGACGGCAACCUCAAAGAGUACAAAGAAGAUCCAAAGAAAUGUCACGACGGCACCAUCGAGUUCACAAGCAUCGACGCCCACAAAGGAGUAUCUCCAUGCAGGCGCAGCGACCUGGAGAUCCUGAGCUACUGCAUGGUUCAGUGGCUGAGUGGCCGGCUGCCGUGGGAGGACAGGCUGCAGGACCCCCAGUACGUCAGAGACUCCAAGAUCAGGAGUCGGGAGAACAUCACAGAGUUUAUGUCUCAGUGUUUCUCCCCUCAGGACAAGCCAGAUGAGAUCCAGAGGUUCAUGGAAGAGGUGAAGUCUCUGGGAUAUCAAGACAAACCGCCGUACGAGAAGCUGCGCUCCAUCCUGCAGAACGGCCUAAAGGCCAUCCAGGCCAAAGAUGACAACCAGCUGGAGUUCUCACCUGUCAGAGGAGCGCCGGCACCUGCAGUCAAGAAGACGGCCAAGAGAAAGAAAGCAGCAGAAACAGCAGAGGAAAGUGACGACGAUGACGAUGGAAGUCCCAUCAAGAAAAAAAGAGCUCCAAAGAAAAAAGAAGUUAAUGGAGUGAAGAAAAGUCCCAAAGCUGCUCCGAGACCCCGAAAAGCUCCAGUGGCUGGAAAACGGGGACGUGGGGACCCCAAAUCUAGACUGGUGGAGAUGGGCACCCAGACGUCCCCUGGACUCGCCCAGAACUCCAGAGGAAGGAAGAAAGCCGCUUCGUAAAGACCGACUUGUUUGUGCACUCCUUUGUUUUGUUGUUUUAGUUUGUUCAACCGAUUGUGUAUCUGGGAUGUUUGUCUGUAAAACCUGUUUGAAAUAAAGAGGAAAUUCUCAUUU